AUGCAUGAAAAUGCAACCACCCCACCACCGCCAAACGCGGCAGCGCCGCCGUCGCCCAUGUUCCAAGGUGUCCCUCCGGACCAAGUAAACGGCCGGCUCCACCUCGCUCCUCCUCCUCCGGGCGCCGCCGUCCCCGUCAACCCACACAAUCACGCUUCUCCUAUGCCGUGGUCCACUGGCCUCUGCGAUUGUUUUGACGAUUGUUCUUCUUGUUGCUUGACGGCAUGGUGUCCAUGCGUUGCAUUCGGGCGGAUCGCCGAGAUAGUUGACCGAGGACAAACAUCAUGUGGGUUGAGCGGGACGGUGUACGCAUUGAUGCUGUGGAUGUUCGGGUGCGCCUGCAUUUUGUCUUGCUUCUAUCGCUCCAAAAUGAGAGGCCAGCUGUUCUUGGAAGAGUCUCCCUGCCCAGAUUGCCUCGUCCACUUGUUCUGCGAGGGAUGGUACGGGAACAUGGAGAAGAACAGGAGAUAUGCUGCGACGACAGCUCCGGCGAUUGAAGGAGGGAUGAGCCGGGCGACAGAAGGGUAGAAAACAAAAAGUUAACAAAAAGAACUAGUAGCCCAGAAGAGAUUUGGUCAUGUGAUAUAUAUGCUCAUUUCCUCGUAAAUAUUUUGUAGGUAAGCUAAUUGAAUUGAUGCUACGUCUCAAGGAUCUUAGUUUGGCUUGAUCAUCGAUUUGGCCUGGCAACUGUUUAGAGUCGAAUCAAUUAAUUAAAUCGGAGCUGAUGACUACUCCAAUUCCUUAAAUUGUCUCGAUCCAGUUCUACGAAGAAAAAAAAAAGACACGUUUGUAUAAUGAUUUGAGAUUUUAGAGACUAUAUUAUGUUGUAACUUUUUCGGAGUGCGUCAGAGGGUUUUAAUUUACGUACAGAGAUGGACUAGAUUGUAAUUCGAGCAAUUAUGAUGUAUAUAAGUUUAA